AUGCAACUGGCCCUUGAGAAGAAAAUCCGCAAAUUCCUCCAGGGUCCCCGCAAGGGGGAGACCUUUGAAUUACGCAAUGGGCUUGUAUCUCAAUAUCGACACGAACGGAAGGAUGCCAUUCAGCGGGUAAUCCAGGCGAUGACUGUGGGCAAAGAUGUGUCUAGCCUCUUUCCCGACGUACUCAAAAAUAUCGCCACCUAUGAUAUUGAGCAAAAGAAGUUGGUUUACUUGUACCUCAUGAACUACUCGAAGACACACCCCGAGUUAUGCAUUUUGGCGGUGAACACGUUCGUGCAAGAUACUGAGGAUCCCAAUCCUCUUAUCAGGGCACUUGCCAUUCGAACCAUGGGUUGCAUUCGUGUCCAAAAGAUGGUUGAUUACAUGGAGAUUCCCCUUCUGAGGACGUUGAAGGACGACAAUCCGUAUGUUCGCAAGACAGCGGCACUUUGCGUAGCCAAAUUGUUUGAUUUGAAUCCUGAUAUGUGCGUUGAAUAUGGAUUCUUGGCAAGGUUGCAGGAAUUGGUUAAUGACACUAACCCCAUGGUUGUCGCCAAUGCUCUCAACGCCUUGUACGAAAUCCGCGAGAUGAACACGGACGAAAGCCUCGAGGUUAUCACAGUUUCAAGCGAAAUGGCGAAGAAUUUACUCACAUGCCUUAACGAAUGUACUGAAUGGGGAAGAAUUACAAUCUUGUCACUGUUAACUGAAUACGUGCCUGCUGAAGUGGAGGAGGCCCAACAUAUAAUUGAGCGCAUAAUACCGCAAUUGCAACACGUCAACCCUGCGGUGGUGUUGUCGCUGAUCAAAGCGAUUAUCGCUCAUUUGGACUAUAUUGCUGAUGGAGAGACGAAACAAGGUAUUUUACGUAAGCUUCUGGCUCCCCUUGUUUCGCUUGUACUGAGUCUGAUUCCUGAGGCUCAAUACGUUGGACUCAAAAACAUCCGCAUUAUUUUAGAGAGGUAUCCCCUGGUUCUUUCCAAAGAAUUACGCGUAUUCUUUAUAAAGUACUCCGAUCCAUUAUAUCUCAAACUUGAAAAGCUUGAUAUUAUGGUGCGUCUCGCUAAUGAUGGCAAUGCUGCUCUACUUUUGGGUGAACUCAAAGAGUAUGCGAUGGAAUUCGAGCCGUCUUUAGUAUCAAGAGCUAUCAAGCUGAUUGGGACUGUGGCAAUCAAAUUAUCUCUGGCUACAGUCAAAGCUAUAAAUUUGCUUAUCUUCCUUCUUGACCAGAGGGGCGGUGAGUUGGUAAUCAACGAAACUGUGGCUGUUUUGGCUAACAUUCUUCGUCGAUACCCCAACAAGAAUGACCUCUUAACGCUUGUGAUCCCGGUGAUUGCUAAUAACGUCGAGGUAUUGGACAAGAACGAUGCAUUAAUCGGAUACGUUUUCCUCGUGGGCAGCUACCCGAAGUACUUUUCAGGACUCUCCGAAAAGUUGGAUCACUUUAUUGAAACCUUUAUGGAGUCUGAUCCACUGCUUCAAUUAGCAAUCAUUACAGCUAUUGUCAAAAUCAACAUGACCAUUAGCGGUACUUAUUCGCUGCAGUUACAACGUGUCUUAGAGCUUGCCACGCAAGAGUGUGAAAAUGCCGAUGUUCGGGACCAGGCCUACAUGUAUUGGCGAUUGUUGUCACUGGAGUCACUUCAAUCUCAGCAAAAAAUUAUUUUGGCACCAUUACCGCCAAUCGAAGACACAAUCCCCAUGUUCAAUCCAAUUGUUUUGAAUGACUUACUCCAUGAGUUGUCAACUAUUGCCCUGGUUUACCAGAAGCCAUCUCUGACAUUUGUCGAAAAUGGUGACAAGUUGGUCACUAAGAAGGCCAAGCAAAACAUCGAAGAUCUCAAGAACUUGGCCAAAACGGAAAUCAUUAACAACGUUAAAAACGAGAAUUUACUCGAUCUCGAUGAUGACGUUGAUAGUGAGGCCUUAGCAAGCCAAAGCGGAGGGUCGUCGACGUUGUUGGCUGAGCUCAAUGAUUUAUUCAAUACCCCACCCCCCAUGCAAGGCGGACCUCAGAAGACAGAGGCGGUUCAGCUGUCUCAACAUUCGCAAACAACGCAGGAUAUAUUGAAUUUGUUUGAUUAG